AUGGAGCAGCUCCUGCAAUACCUGGAUCGUUUUUCCGAGGUUCUGGCGGUAUCCCGCACAAGCCACGUCAGCACCUGGGACCCCGCAACCGUGCGCAGGGCUCUGCAGUGGGCUCGCUACCUGCGACACGUCUACCUGCGCUUCGGCACCCAUGGCCGCAUCCGCACAACUCUGGAGCGGCGCUUGCACAGCCAGUGGAGCCAGGGGCGCGUCCUUGGGCCAGGUCCGGUCCCUGGAUUGCUGAACUUCCAGGCCCUCGGACACUGUGACGUCCUCUUGGCUGUGCGCCUGCUAAAGAACCGGGCCCUGAGAGAUGCCGCUAGUCACUUCCUGCUGCAGCAGCUGUUCCCCGGCCCAGGCGUCCGGGACGCCGAGGAGGAAAGGCUCCAGGAGAGGCUUGUCCUCCUCGCCCGCCGCCGGUCUGCGGUUCACCUGCUGCGCUUCAACGGCGGCAGAGAGAAGCCGGGACUUCAGGAGGACCCGUUGAUAAGGAGCCAGGCCGAUCUGCUGCUGCAGCGGCUGCAGGAGGUCUGGAAGGCCGCCCCGGAGGCCCCCGGCACGUAUCUCAGCAAUCUGUGGGAGCGCCUGCCUCGCAUCUACUUCCUCAAGGUGACAGCGGUGGCGCUGUUGCAGCCGCCCUUGUCUUCCAGGCCCCAAGAAGACUUGAAACUGGUCGACCCCAGAACUCUUGAAGAGGGCAGGCAAGAGCUGGUCAGUUGGCUGCUGGGGAAGUCCGAAGUCAUGUCUGCCUUUUGCCACAACCUUCCAGCCGGGCUUUUGACUUCGGUAAUGGGCCGCCAUCCAGCGCUCUCUCGUGUCUGUAUGGGUCUGCUAGCUGACUGGGGUCGACGUCUGCACUACGACCUUCAGAAAGGCAUUUGGGUUGGCGCUGAGGCCCAAGAUAUGACCUGGGAGGAGCUGUACCAUAGGUUUCAAAGCCUCUGUCAGGCACCCCCACCUCUGAAGGAUGAAGUCGUAACUGCCCUGGAGGCCUGGAAGGCGCAAGAUGGAGACUUCCAAGUCCCUGGUCUUAGCAUCUGGACAGACCUGUUGGUAGCUCUACGGCGAGCUGUAUGAUACUGCAUUGGGAAGAGAAGAGUGUUAGCCCUCAGCCCAAGCCUCAGCUCUCCAUGGGCAACAUGGAAAAUUCAAGGAACUAAACUUCCUGGAAUAUUAGUUUACAAAAUGAAAAAAUCUCAGUAUUCUCGCUGAAUCUCUUAUGGCAUGUGUCCAAAGGAUAAUUAUUUCAGGGACUAAUUUUGAGUGGUUCAUUAUACAGUUUCAAGUAUGGAAUUGGCUUGUAAUGCUAUGGAUUUUCUGGAUAUAGAAGAAAACAUUGGAAG